AUGAGUUAUCAUGCUUUCGAAUACAUAUUGGCUUUGCUCAUCUAUGGUUUGGUGUUGUUUCCAAAUCCUGACCAAUUCAUAGACGUGCACGCCAUCAAGAUAUUUUUGACUCGCAAUCUUGUGCCUACUUUGCUUGGAGAUAUUCUACACUCACUUCACACUCGUAUGAUGAAGAAGCGAGGAAAUCUCAUGUGUUGUAUACCUCUGCUGUCUAGGUGGUUUUUUUCGCACCUUCCUCGAUCGGUAAUGAGGAAUGACCAAGGCCAGAAGUGGCAUCGGAGAAUAAUGUCGCUUUCUUAUUCCAAUAUUUGUUGGUGUUCUCUGUCCAAGGAAAAUGUUAUUAUCAUCGACCGUUGUGGACAAUACUCUAAUGUGCCACUCCUUGGCAUAAGGGGGGGUAUUACUUAUAAUCCCUCGUUGGCUCUACGUCAGUUUAGUUACGCUCGAAGAGAUGGUAUUCAUCAUAUGCUUAUACAAGGCGUUGUGUUCAACUAUGAAGAUGAUCCUCAAGGUCACCUUCAGAAGUUUAUACGUGCUUGGGACAUGGUGAAUAGGAUUGACAGCAAGAGCUUGGGGCAAAAGAACUCCAUUCCUUUAGAGGCUUACCUCAGAUGGGUGCACACUCGUGCUCAACGUUUUGUCAUGCCAUAUCCACAUGUCAGACCUAUGAUUGUGGAGCCCGAAUACGAAGAAGAUGUUCCUCAGGUUAUUUUUCAUCCAGACAUGCCUACCAAUCUUGAGGAGCUGAAGAGAUCUUGGAUCCAGUUGAAGGAAGAAAGGGACACCUUUGAAGCUCAAUUUCGCGCUAAAGAGAAGAAAGUAUUAAAGCUCGUAAAGCAACUUCAGGACGAGCAGAGCAUCAACACGUUCCUUGGUGCAAAGCGAAAGCGUCCAUGGGAGACUUGA